UAAAAUAUUUUUAAAAUAAUCAGUAAUAUUUUGUAUAUUUUGUGAUGAAAAUAAAACUAUAUGCAUAUCAAAUAUUUUUGGAAGCUUUUCAAUUUUAUUUAUUAUAUUUAUAAUUUUUUAUAUAAAAAUAUAAAUUUUUAAAAAAAUACAAGAUCCUUAACUAUUAAUAUACAGGAGACAAGGGUUUAGGUAGCACUGUUUGUCCCCCUCCUCAGCCAGCCCUGAACCUCUGAUUCCGGUGUUCUCCGUGAGCUCUCUCUCUCUGCUUUAGGUGUAACCAGGUAGACUAUUAUGCAGAAGAUCAAAGAAAUCGAUCCUCUGAUUCUUCUUCACUUGUGCUCUUCAAGUUAGUUUGGAUGCAUAGAGCUUCAGUGGAUAUAUGUUUACUAGGCAGACAGGAAAUAUAAUUCCAUAAUCUAUAUUGGAAUCUGGUACUUUUUUUUAUGGCGCCAGCAGCUUAUCUCUGUAUUACAUUUUGGCAGGCCAAACUUGCUAAGCUCUACCAAGGGAACUUCUUGCACUACUUACCAAAGGUGGUGGUGGAGAAGGUUUUGUUUUGAUGUGACCAAAAGUGUGAGAUUCUAGAGUUGGACUUGUUGGGUUGGAAAAUCCACGCUGUUGAACAAGCUGACAGGAACAUUUUUCCGAGGUUUGUGAUUAUUAUUGAUAAGAGUCCCGCAUUGCUUUUUUAAUGUGGUUUUCAAUGUCAGAAACGCGUUUGAAACUUACUAUCUGAAUCAUCUGCUUUCUAGUCGCUUUGACCCAUUUCUUGUGCCAUAUAACUGUGUUUUUGGCUGAUGUUGUAGUUUUUAUUUUCUUUAGGUUACUUCUUAUGAGUUCAUAACAUUCCCGGAGUUAUUACAUACCGUGGAGCUAAAAUCCCAGGUACAUACAUCUAUUGCCUCUUUUGUUAAUCUGUUCUUUCUGGGAGAGAGAUUAAUUAUAUGCUUGCAUCUUCUUAUUGUUCUCAACUUGUCCCUCUCCCACGUCUUGAAAGUUCUUGAAGGACAAUGCAAAUACUUGGCUUUAACAGUUUAACCCUCUCUUUGGUCGUGUUUGACACUUCACUAUUUGCAUUGUCAAAACGUCUUUUUGGUUUUGAUAUUUGGACACCAUAUAAUGGAAGGCUGAUUGAUAAUUACGGGAUUAUUAUCAAUGAUUAUCAUUAUCCACAUGGUUAUUUAAAUACAAGACACGAUGUUUCCCUACUUAUCUUCAAUAGUUAUAAUAAUUCAAGUUGCACUGUCAUAUCUCAAACAUGUGAUGUGAUCCUUGUGAAGUGGAGAAUUCAUGUUCUCUAAGAUUUUCUUUAAUUUUAAAAUAAAAUGGUGAAACAGUACUAGAGUUGACCAGAUGUAUACAUAAAAUCCAGUUCCUUCUUCUCCAUCCACUACCCACUAUCAAACUUCUUCCCUAAUUAAUGGCUUCUAUCAGCUUACUCGAAGCAUCAUUAUCUCUUUUUUGCUUUCUCAUCAUCUUCUGUUACUUUCUCAACAAAAAACAUUCUGGUUACCUUGUCAACAAAAGAUCCCCUUGGAACUGGCCUGUUCUUGGGAUGCUUCCAGCUUUGGUCUUGUGGUCACGUCGGAUCGAUGUUCUCAUCCGCGUCUUAGAGAAGAGCAACUUGACGUUUUUAUUCAAGGGUCCGUGGUUCGCUAGAAUGGAUGCGUUGAUCACCGUUGAUCCAGCUAAUAUACAUCAUAUAUUGAGCUCAAAUUUCUCCAACUACAUCAAGGGACCAGAGUUCAAAGAGAUGGUAGAUGUCUUUGGAGACCCGCUCUUCUCUGCUGACGGAGAUCUAUGGAAAAACAUAAGAAUGUCUUCUCAGGUCAUCCUCAGUCGUCAAGGUUUUCAAAACUUGUCAAUGAGUGUCACAACAAGUAAAAUCAAGGACGUGCUUCUUCCUAUUUUCAGUCGCUUUUCAGAAGAAGGGACAGUCGUGGACUUGCAGGAUGUGUUCCGGAGAUUCAUGUUCGAUAUAUCCUUACUUUUAGUAUCCGGUUCUGAUCCUCAGUCUCUCUCCAUUGAAAUGCCAGAGGUUGAGCUCGCAGAAGCCUUCGAGGAUGCUGGGGAAGCCAUUGUGUCUAGGCUUAUCAUACCAAGAUUCUUGUGGAAGUUGCAAAACCGGUUGGGACUGGGAAAGGAGAAGAAGCUGAUAGAAGCGGGCGCGACAUUUGAUAGAGUGUGCGCAAAAUACAUAGCUGCAAAGAGAGAAGAGAUAAGAUCACAAGGGAUUCAUCAUCAUGAUCAUGUUCAUUCAGAUGGAGAAAGUCAUGAAGAUUUUUUAACGUAUUACAUAAAGCUAGAUACAAGCAAAUACGAGCUCUUGGAUCCAAGCGAUGAUAAGUUCCUUAGAGACACUAUUUUAGCUAUCAUUAUGGCAAUAAGGGAUACCUCUUCCAGUGCUCUCACUUGGUUCUUUUGGCUCCUCUCAAAAAACCCUCACGUGGAAGCCAAGAUUCGCCAAGAGAUCAACACAAAUCUACCAAACCCGGCAAGUAGUCAAUGGUCGGCUAUCGAUCGCAGAGAGUUUUUGAACAAGUUGGUUUAUCUACAUGGGGCCUUGUAUGAAACGAUGAGGCUCUAUCCACCACUUCCCUUCCAGCGCAAGACUUCUAUAAAAUCAGAUGUACUUCCAAGUGGUCACAUAGUCGAUGCUAAAUCGAACAUUAUCUUCCUUAUCAUUGCGUUAGGGAGGAUGAGAUCUGUAUGGGGAGAAGACGCAUUGGAAUUCAAGCCAGAGAGAUGGAUUUCAGAGACUGGUGAGUUGAGACACGAGCCUUCUUCCAAGUUCCUUGUGUUUAACACCGGUCCGAGAACUUGUUCCGGUAAGCAUUUAGCUAUGACUUCAAUGAAGACCAUAGUUGCGGAGAUAUUACAACACUAUGUCAUUAAGCUCGUCGAAGGACAUAAGAUUAAGCCAAAGGCUCAUCUUAAUCUUCUUAUGAAACAUGGGCUUAGAGUCAAGCUUACUAAGAGAUGUUCAGCUUGAAAUAUCAAUUUUUUAGUUUCUCCAAUAAUAAUCUAUCCAUAUAGUGUUAACGAA